CUCCUGAAGAUGUUUCCACAAUCAGGGAAAUCGAUUGUCUUUGACAACUUUCCGGAUCCCACUGACACCUGGGAAAUCAUCGAGACAAUCGGGAAAGGGACCUACGGGAAAGUCUACAAGGUGCUCAACAAAAUCGAUGGAAGUAAAGCAGCGGUGAAGAUACUGGAUCCCAUCCAUGAUAUAGAUGAGGAGAUCGAAGCAGAGUACAACAUCCUCAAAGCUCUGUCCGACCACGCCAAUGUUGUCAAGUUCUAUGGGAUGUACUACAAGAAGGAUGUGAAAUGUGGGGACCAGUUGUGGCUGGUGCUGGAGCUUUGCAACGGUGGCUCAGUGACGGAUCUGGCCAAAGGCAUGCUGAGGAGAGGAGACAGGAUGGAUGAAGCCAUCAUUGCCUAUAUCUUGCGUGAGGCCCUCAUGGGCCUCCAACACCUGCACAUCAACAAGACCAUCCACCGUGACGUCAAAGGCAAUAACAUCCUGCUGACGACGCACGGAGGGAUCAAACUUGUGGAUUUCGGUGUUUCUGCUCAGCUGACGAACACCCGUCUGAGGAGGAACACCUCCGUUGGAACUCCCUUCUGGAUGGCUCCUGAGGUAAUAGCGUGCGAGCAGCAGCUGGACUCCACCUACGAUGCCCGUUGUGACGUUUGGUCCCUGGGCAUCACUGCCAUAGAGCUGGGAGAUGGAGACCCGCCGCUCUCCGACCUCCACCCGAUGAGAGCCCUUUUCAAAAUACCCAGAAACCCUCCGCCUACUCUCCACCAGCCGGAGCUCUGGUCAGACGACUUUAAUGACUUCAUCUGCAAAUGUCUGAUUAAGGACUUCGAGCUGAGACCAAACGUGCUAGACCUGCUCCAGCAUGUGUUCAUCAAACAGACUGUCGGCAGAGAGAAAAUACUGCAGAAGCAAUUGAUUGAACUCAUUGAUCUCAACCAACAAAUAGGAGUCAUUGAAAAAACAAGCCAUCAUGGAAAGACAGACAGAGGCACAGACAGUAAUGACAGUAAAAGACUUGGUUGUGCGACCUGUUCCAGGCAUGAGCGCAUCCACACUAAAAAAGGAAGCCACAUGAAGACACAGACUGACCCCGACGAGGUGGACGACCUCGCCACCCUGGAAGUGCUAGAUGAGAAUACCGUCACGGAGCAGCUUCAGAGUCGCUAUGGAAAAGACCAGAUUUACACAUAUGUGGGAGACAUCCUCAUCGCAGUCAAUCCUUUCCAUAAGAUGGAGAUAUAUGCUCCUCAGCACACUAAGAUGUACAUAGGAGCUAAGCGUACGGCUAACCCGCCGCACAUCUUUGCUGUGGCUGAUGUGGCCUACCAGUCCAUGGUGUCAUACAACACAGACCAGUGUAUUGUGAUCAGCGGAGAAAGUGGAGCCGGGAAAACGGAGAGUGCUCAUCUGUUAGUGCAGCAGCUGACUGUUCUUGGGAAGGCCAAUAAUCGGACGCUGCAGGAGAAGAUCCUGCUGGUCAACAACCUGGUGGAGGCGUUCGGAAACGCCUGCACGGUCAUCAAUGACAACUCCAGCCGCUUCGGCAAGUACCUGGAGAUGAAGUUCACCUGCGGGGGAACGGUGGUGGGAGCGCAGAUAUCUGAGUAUCUGCUGGAGAAAUCCAGAGUCAUCCACCAGGCCGUAGGGGAGAGGAACUUCCACAUCUUCUACUACAUUUACGCCGGCCUGGCUGACAGGAAGAAGCUAGCCCACUACAAGCUCUCCGACAGCAAAACACCUAAGUAUCUGUGUAACGAGCACGUUAAAUUAGGGCCUGACAUAGUGAGCAACACCUUCUACAAGGAGCAGUUUGAUGCAGUGGAGCAGUGUUUCAAAGUCAUUGGAUUCACCCUGGAGGAGCUGGGCAGCGUUUACAGCACCCUGGCCGCCAUCCUCAACUCCGGGGACAUCGAGUUCUCUCCGGUCGCCACCGAGCAUCAAACAGACAAGAGCAACAUCUCCAACAUUUCUGUCCUCGAGAACGUGGCCUCACUGCUGCGCAUCCGCUCCGACGAGCUCCAGGAAGCCCUGACCUCCCACUGUGUCGUGGCCCGGGGAGAGACGAUCGUCAGGCCCAACACGGUGGAAAAAGCGGCGGAGGUGAGGGACGCCAUGGGCAAGGCUCUCUACGGCCGCCUCUUCAGCUGGAUCGUCAACCGCAUCAACUCGCUGCUGCGGCCCGACAGCCACCUGGGAGAGGAUGACAAGGGCCUGAACAUCGGCAUCUUGGACAUCUUCGGCUUCGAGAACUUCAAGAAGAACUCCUUCGAGCAGCUCUGCAUCAACAUCGCCAACGAGCAGAUCCAGUUCUACUUCAACCAGCACAUAUUCGCCUGGGAACAGGAUGAGUACCUGAACGAGGACGUGGACGCUCGGAUGAUUGAGUAUGAGGACAACCGGCCCCUCCUGGAUCUCUUCCUGCAGAAGCCCAUGGGGAUGCUUUCGCUGCUGGAUGAGGAGAGUCGCUUCCCGCAGGCCACAGACCAGACCCUCGUAGAGAAAUUUGAUGAUAAUCUCAAGACCAAAAGCUUCUGGAGACCAAAGAGGGUCGACCUCGGCUUUGGGAUUCACCACUACGCCGGAAAGGUGAUUUACAACGCCGCAGGCUUCUUGGCCAAGAACAGAGACACACUCCCGGCCGACAUCGUCCUGCUGCUCAGGUCGUCGGAGAACGAGCUGGUUCGGAAACUAGUCACCCAUCCGCUCACCAAAACGGGCAACCUUGCCCACACCAAGGGUAAAGGCAUAAACACAAUGCGCAGCCCGCGGACCCCGACACGCACCAUCAACUUCACCAAGAUGGGAGUGCUAACCUUAUACAGUUCUUUUUCUUUCAGUGAGCCGGGCGAACAGGGAGACACGCCCUACCACCCGAGAGAAACCACCAACAUGAGAACACAGACGGUGGCCUCUUACUUCAGAUACUCUCUGAUGGACCUGCUGUCCAAGAUGGUGGCGGGGCAGCCUCACUUUGUGCGCUGCAUCAAACCCAACAACGAUCGCCAGGCCAGCAAGUUCGACCGGGAGAAGGUUCUGGUUCAGCUGCGUUACACCGGCGUUCUGGAGACCGCCAAGAUCAGGCGGCAGGGUUACUCUCACCGCAUCCUGUUUGCCAACUUCAUAAAGAGGUACUACAUCUUGGCGUUCCCUGCUCACGAGGAGCCGGCUGGGACUCCAGAGACGUGUGCUGCAAUACUGGAGAAGGCCAAGCUGGAGAGCUGGGCAAUGGGGAAGACUAAGGUUUUCCUGAAGUACUACCACGUUGAACACCUGAACCUGAUGGUGCAGCAGGCAACACAACGCAUCAUCCUGCUCCAGGCGUACGUUCGCGGCUGGCUGGGAGCCAAGCGCUACCGGCGGAUACUGAGAGAGCGGGAACAGAGCGCUCUGGUGCUACAGUCGGCUUACAGAGGUCAUAAAGCUCGGAAGAGGGUCGCCGAAGACAAGAUCAAAGCGAAGUUUGAGGCCUUCAUCACCCAGCUUCAGGCCGUUUGCAGGGGCUACCUAGCGAAAAAGAAAUACAAGGAGUUGAUGGACGAAAAGAACAAGGCUGCGACCAAGAUUCAGGCUCGAUACAGAGGCCACAAGGAAAGGAAAAGCUUCAAAAGAAAACGGGAAGCCAAAGAGAAAGAGAAAGCAGAGAAGGCCCUUAAAGAAGCAAAGGACGAGGAGGACGAGACUAAAGCCGCUGUGGUUCUCCAGAGCAACUACAGGGGAUUUAAAGAGAGGAAAAAGUUCAAGGAGAGGAAAAAGACGAUGGCCGGGGCCGAGCUAGAGCUGCCGCCAAACAUAGUGGAGGAAGAGGAACAGGAAAUAGGCGGGGAAGAGCCUACGGGUAAGGAAGAAGGGGCAAAGACAGAGGAGAAUGAGGAGGAUGAAGAAAGUACUUAUGAAGCCGAGGAAAAUGAUGACAGCGAUCACACACAGGUGCCAGAAGAUGACGAACAUACAGAGGUGGCGGAUGAAGCGGUGAUUUCGGACGCACCAGCAGCAGAAGCUGGAAAAGAGGAGCAGGAAGAGGUCAAGACGGGGGGAAAUGGACAGGAAAAUGCUGCAGGGGAAGAGGCUGUCAACUUAGAGGAGGAAACCAAGGCAGCCACUGUGAUCCAGAGUAAUUUCAGAGGUCACAAAGAGAGGAAGAGGCUGCAAGAAGAAGGCAAAAUCCCAGCGAAGAAACAGAAAGGAAAAAGCCCGACAGGUGAAGAAGAAGAAGAAGCAGCCGCAGCGACCACGGAGGAAGAACUUCCCGAAGCUCCGACACCGGCAGAGGAAAUCUGCAGUGAAGACACAGAAAAAGGAGAAAAAGAGGAAUCAGCAGAAGCUCAAGAAGUUUCUCGUAGCGACGCCAAGUCAGAGGACGCAGACGAGGCCAAAGCAGCGGUGGUGCUUCAGAGUAACUUCCGCGGCCACAAGGAGCGCAAACGUCUGGAGGAGGAAGGAAAGAUCCCGAAGAAAAAGAAGAAGAAGAAGACGAAGGUUACACCAGGACCUCCAAAAGAGGAAGAACAGGUGAUGCACACAGAAGAAUCGGCGCCAGACUCCCAGCAGGACGCAUCUGCCGAGAACGUGGACGGACUGGACGAGGAGAAAGCUGCUACCGUCCUUCAGAGUAACUUCAGGGGCCACCGGGACCGAAAGAAGCUGAAAGCAGAGAAAGAAGCUCAGAAGAAAGCGACGGAAGAGGCCGCCAACGAUGCAGAGGGGGGAAGUAAAGAGGAGCGAGAGGAAGCCGAGGAGGAGGUCCUGGAUGUUACUGAUGUGGAGAUUGAACAUAAAGAGGAGACUGAGGCUGAGAAAGAAAGACUGGAGGAGGAACAGGCGGCAGUGAAGAUCCAGAGUAACUUCAGAGGGUACAAGGACAGGAAGAACCUGAAGGCCAACAAGGAAACGGCACAGAAUGAAGCUCAGCAACUAGAGAGCUUCUCAAAACAGAUCGCGCAGACUUCUCAGGACUUCGGCGCCCUGCAGCAGAAGCUGAAUGAAAUCAUCCAGGCCCAUCAAUCAAACCCGGCGAACAACGGCAUGUUUGUGAGGGGGAAAGCAAUGAAUGGCUUCGCUCCCCAGAAUCAACAAUCAACUGACAAGAGAUUGUCGAGGACCCCCCGCAGGACCCAGCAGCCGAAGACCCUCAACACGCCGGAGGACUCCACCUAUUACACCCUGAUUCAUCGGUCCGUCCAGGACGACAAACGCAAGCCCAGGAAAGAGGGUCCAGGGAAGCUGCUGGACGUAGACGACCAGUACUACGGGGGCCUGUCCACCAGCAUGUCCGAACCCUCCAUGCCCACAGAGGAGCCGUCACGACAGAGGAGCAUGCCCGAGAGGAGGGGCUCUUUGGAGAGGAGACUAGCUGCUGGCGGUAGACAGACCAGAGAGAGGGCCGUCACGGAUCCAGAGCGUCCCAAACCCCCCGCCGACGACAGGCCCUCUGUUCCCAGAAUGCCCUCCAACGAGAGCCGGGCUGAGGAGAACCCGUACGACUUUAGACACCUGCUGAGGAAGACCUCGCAGAGACGCAGGCUCAUCAAACAGUACUGA